CUGGUGUGCACAUAACAAUAACACUGUCAGCCGCUUCCAGAUUGCAGAUUCUAAUCUUUAUUUAUAAUAUUAUUGGUUAAAAAUCUUAAGCAACGUAACACAAUGGCCCCAAUGCUGAGGAGCGUUCUCUUUCGGCCGGAAACCCGGCUGCUGUCUGUGCGAUGCCUCAGCAACAGAAACGCAGCAGGAUUUGAAGCUGGAGCUGGCAACCGCCCGCGUCCACGUGCCAAUGCCCUGACCGAUGAGAUAAUACGCGUCGAUCAUGCCGGAGAACUGGGCGCCGAUCGCAUCUACGCCGGCCAAAUGGCUAUUCUAGGGAACGGGCCCAUGGGCAAGACCAUUGGACAUAUGUGGGAGCAGGAGAAGUGCCAUCGUGCCCAAUUCGAGCAGCUCAUUCAGCAGCAUCGAGUCCGUCCCACAGUCAUGACGCCCAUCUGGAAUGUGGCCGGGUUUGUUCUGGGCGCCGGUACCGCAUUAAUGGGCGAGAAGGCGGCAAUGGCAUGCACCGUGGCAGUGGAGACAGUCAUUGUGGAGCACUACAAUGAUCAGCUGCGUCAGAUUAUGGAAUCACCGAAUCCCGACAAGGAAUUGCUGGAGACAAUCACAAAGUUUCGGGACGAGGAGCAGGAGCACCACGACACCGGCAUCGAUUGCGGUGCAGAGCAAGCGCCCUUCUAUAAGGCAAUGACCGAAGUCAUCAAGUUCGGCUGCAAGACGGCCAUUGCCAUAUCGAAGAAGAUCUAGGAUAUACAUAUAUACAUUUUCCACUUUUUGUAAAUACUGUGCACAGAAUUAGGACCGAAAGUUAUCUGUCUGUCUGACGUCUACCCUCCACCCUCUACCCUGUACCCUGUACCCUGUCGAACCCACGCUAAGCAUUAAAGAUAGACUGAAUCGUUAAACUGUUGUAUAGUGUACUACUCACCACCUUCGCACUGGGUGCCCUGAUAGCCCUCCGGACAGGUGCAGACGGACGGUGCCGUGCAAUUGCCACCGUUUAGGCAUUGCGGGAAACAGAAGGCCGUCUCGCAGUACAUACCAGUGUAGCCCACAUGGCACUUGCAGAUGUGAUGCUCGUUGCAGUAGCCAUUCUUGCCGCACUUCAAACUGCAUUCUGGAUCGGGAGCUUAAGUUUUUUUAGUUUAGUUCCAUCGUUCACAAUACAACACUCAAAAACAUUCAACAUUUAACAUAAAUCGCUGAGAGCUAGUCCCUCAAAUUAAACAGCGGCCCCACAAAGGCACAAAGGACGAAGAAGCAUACGACAGUCCAGAGAGAUGGAUAUGGAUUUGAUGGAUGAUGGAUACAAAAGCGGUUCGGGCAUGAAAAUGUUCGAAUGAACCUUUCUAUAUGUGAAUCCCAUUUGAAUUUAAACUAGAAAAUAUUACUUAAAAGAGUAAAGAACAGAAGAAAGGAGACUUGAACUAUGUGUAAGUGUAAGGAUUCGCAUAGAAAUGUAUGCUAUGCUAUGUAUAUAGCUCUAUAGUAUUUAUAUGUAAUAUUAAUCAUCAUCUAUCCGUGAUAUCCGUCUGUCUGUUAGUCUGCUUGUAGCUCUCUAUUUUCAAAGAUAUCUUACUGUGAUAUCCUACUGAGAACAAACAUGGACAUUGACGCAGGUUUGGUAUAGUAGAAAAUGGAUGGGGUGGAUGGUGGAUUGGAGUGGAUUUAAGCUUAAGACGAUAGGGCGAUAUAUAUUACAAGGGGUAGAAUGUGGAAGGAAGAAUGGAGAACGGAGAAUGAAAUGUGGCAUUGGAAGGAAAUGUGAUGGUGAAUGGCAUGCAUGGCUCAAUGAUAGAUGGGAUCAAUGGGCGAGUAUGUGAUGCGUGUGAUGCAUGUAUUUUUCUAUAUAUUUCUAUUCUAAGUAGAGGCUACAAUUACACUAGAUAAAAAGCAUUUUGGUUGAUAUAUCAUAU